AUGGGCCCCGAAGUCAAAGAGAUCAACUGGAAGCAGGCACGCGGCGCAUUGUACCGAUGGCCACAGGUUCUGCGUAAGAUCGAAAGUUGUGCUUUGUCGAAGCUGGUACUGACACAGUCACAGNCUAUGCUCAUGAACAUGUGUCAGCAGAUCACAGGAGCUGCUCUCAGUGCUUAUCUUCCCACUCUCCUCAGCGAGAACGGGUUCAAAGGCGCCACAGCCCAAAUUGCUACACUGGCACCUUAUGGUUCCGCUGCCGUUGUAUGUCUCAUCAAGUUCCCGGAUCCACUCAAGACAUGUCUAGCAAAAACUGACAGGGAAACAGNNUGCAUGAUCGUAGCAGCGAAGCUUUCUGAUAGAUUUAGAAAUCGUGGCUGGCCCACUCAAUUUGGUUGGCUGCUGUUGAUCGUGGGCUUUGCGACAUUCCUCGCUGCUCCCACUAGCAACAAACCCGCUCACUUUGCGGCUCUGAUUCUCGCCGAGACUGGUCAUUACAGUAUGUAUUCCCUGCCGCCUAUGUGGAACUUUUCACUGAAUGCCGCGUCCANNGUCUGUACUCCACUGAUCGUCACUUGGUCGGCCAACAACGCCGGUAGCGAGUCUCGACGUGCCGUUGCUGUGCCUCUGGCUGUCGCUCUCGCCCAGGCUGUCGCUAUUGGCUCCGGAUAUCUCUUCCCUGCUUCGGAAGGUCCCCGAUACACUCGGGGCGCGAUUGUCGAAGUGACGCUCUCUAUCGCCGGAAUGAUGUUCACAUUCGCAUACAUGGGCUUGAUUAAGUGGGAGAAUUCUCGUCGUGAUAAAAGAGAGGGAGGACCACCAGCGCCCGGAUCUCGUCCAAACACCGCAGAGGACGCAGAUGAUGCGGAAGGAUUCCGAUACAUCGGUUAG